AUGUACUCAGCCAAGCGAGUUGUGCUGGCCCUCGUGGCCGGUGCCUCGGCCGCCGUCGAGCCCAUCGUUGCCAAGGGCCAGCACUUCUUCUACAAGAACGGCACCCAGUUCUACAUCAAGGGUGUUGCGUACCAGCAGGACACCGGCUCGUCUGAGGCUGCCAAGCGGUCCACGUCGAGCGGUCCCGACUACCUCGACCCCCUGUCCGACGAGACCCUCUGCAAGCGAGACGUCCCCGUCCUGAAGGCUGCCGGCACCAACGUGAUCCGUACCUACGCCAUCGACCCCACCGCCGACCACGACGCCUGCAUGCAGCUGCUCGCCGACGCCGGCAUCUACGUCAUCUCCGACCUGUCGUCGCCCGACGAGGCCAUCAUCCGCAGCGACCCCCAGUGGAACACUGCCCUGUACAAGCGCUACACCUCCGUCGUCGACGCCCUGGGCAAGUACGACAACACCAUCGGCUUCUUCGCCGGUAACGAGGUCUCCAACAACAAGAGCAACACCGACGCCUCGGCUUUCGUCAAGGCUGCUGUUCGUGACACCAAGGCCUACAUUGCCGACAACCUGGACCGCUGGAUCGGUGUCGGUUACGCCGCCAACGACGAUGCCACCAUCCGCAACAACAUGGCCGAGUACUUCAACUGCGGUGAGAGCGACGAGUCCAUCGACUUCUGGGGCUACAACAUCUACGAGUGGUGCGGUGACAGCACCUUCGAGAAGUCCGGCUACUCUGAGGUUGUCCAGUUCUUCUCCAACUACUCCAUCCCUGUCUUCUUCGCCGAGUACGGUUGCAACACUGUCGACGGCGGUGCUGGCCGUACCUUCCAGGAGACCACCGAGCUUUACUCUGACGACAUGACCGAGGUCAUUGCUGGUGGUAUCGUCUACAUGUACUUCGAGGAGGACAACGACUAUGGUCUGGUCAGCGUCGUCGACAAGUCCAGCGUCAAGGAGUUCAAGGCCUACACCGCCCUGAGCUCCCGCAUCGCCGCCGCCACCCCCAGCUCCGUCGCCAUGGAUGCCUACAGCCCCACCAACUCGGCCGCUGCUUGCCCUGCCAUCGGUGCUUCUUGGGCCGCCGCCUCUUCCCUGCCCCCCACCCCCGACUCCUCCCUGUGCGAGUGCAUGUUCAACUCCAUCUCGUGCGCUCCUUCCUCCAGCCUGUCUGAGGACGACUUCGGCGAGGUCUUCGGAUACAUCUGCGGCCAGGACCCCGACUCUUGCGCUGGUGUCAACGGCAACGCCUCCACCGGUGUCUUCGGCGCCUACUCCAUGUGCAACUCCACCCAGAAGCUCGGAUACGUCCUCGACACCUACUACAAGGCCCAGAAGUCGGCCUCGGACGCCUGUGACUUUGACGGCAAGGCUGUCACCCAGUCCGGCAGCUCCGCUGGGGACUGCAAGACCAAGCUCGCCAGCGCCAGCUCCGCCAACGCUGUUGCCGCCACCGCCACCGGCACUGGCUCCUCCGGCUCCGGCUCUUCUUCCGGCUCUUCCAGCUCCUCUUCCAGCAGCUCCCUGGCCACUCCCCUGCACAUGAAGAGCUUCUUCAGCGUUGGUGACAUGGCCGUCGGUCUUUGGGCCGUCAUGGCCAUGGGUGCUGGUGCUGCCGUCUUUGCCCUGUAA